GGAAAUUGUUUGAAUUUUGUGUUGUUUUACAGAGAAUUGGGAGAAUCGGAAAUGAAUGUGAAGUGUUUUGCUAUUUUUCUUUAUUCGCUUUAGAGUUGUUGUUUGUUUAUUUUGGAUAGAUUGGUGGUCUGUUUGGUUUAUUUGAUUUUUAACGAUUUUGACUAUUUAAUUGAAGUCGAAUUCGAGGCUUUGUAUUGUAUUGCUUGACUUCGCUGAUUUUCGUGUAUUAUUUGAAGAUAAUUGAUAAUUUUAGUUGUUUGUGAGAGUUAAUUCGAGCUUGUUUUGGUGUCAUGAGAUGAUGUUGUUGCUAUGUGGCAGUCCUUGGAUCAAGUAGGUUGAUUCUUGUGUAAUUAGACUCUUUUUGCCUAUCUUUUAGGCUAGUCUACAGUGGUUUAAUUUUGGCAGCAUAGUUGUGUGAAUUAAAUCAGUUGAAGGAGGGGAGAUACUAGAGAAUUUUUUUAUGUUUGGCCUGGUUAUUGUGCAGCUACACAACAUAAAUAUUAUUCUUCAAGUCUGAUGUUUACUUCUUUUUGAAAAAUUAAAUGAAUAAUUGGUCAAAAUCUGCAUUUGGGUAUUCUAAAGUUUGUAACUAUUACAUUCUACUUUGAUAAAGAAGCUUCAUUGAUUUCUAAAUUGUAACUUGGAAGAUACCUCAGAUAUUAGAGAAAAAAAAUCUGAAACUAUACUGAAACGGAAGGUCCAAGUAGUUGUGCUUGUGUGGGUAACAGCCUCAUGACUUCUUCGGUGCAUGAUCCAUCUGAUAACAGUGAAGCUGAUGAGCAGCAAAAUCACUCGGAAUCCCAGAUUCAUUCCUCAUCACCUGUGAGUGGAAUGUCUUACCCUGGCGUCAGAACCCCACUUCAGUAUACAACCCCUCAACUUGGGGCAGUCCAUGCUAUGGCACCGGCACCUUACCCAUAUCCGGAUCCCUAUUAUAGAAGCAUAUUUGCUCCCUAUGAUGCACAAUCUUAUCCUCCACAGCCUUAUGGUGGACAACCAAUGGUCCACCUUCAGUUGAUGGGGAUUCGGCAAGCUGGAGUUCCUUUGCAGUCAGAUGCAGUUGAGGAGCCUGUGUUUGUUAAUGCAAAACAAUAUCAUGGCAUCUUGAGACGUCGACAGUCUCGUGCAAAAGCUGAAUCAGAGAAUAAAGCUAUUAAGUCUCGGAAGCCAUACUUGCAUGAAUCUCGACAUCUGCAUGCAUUAAGAAGAGCUAGAGGAUGUGGAGGUCGGUUUCUCAAUUCAAAUAAAUCUGAAAACAAACAAACGGAGUCAGCAUCAGAUAAUAAAUCACAGCCUGAUAUCAAUCUCAACUCUGAUAAAUCUGAACUUGCUUCCUCAGAUGGCACAUCCUAAUACACAAAAAGGAUCAACAGCUCAUGGAAGAGUACUUAGAAAUUCCCUUCUCGGUAUUUGCUUCAUCCCAUCUCAGUACUUAGAAUUCAGUAGUAAUGUAUAUAGGUAUCGCAGUAGUAGGUUGCCUGAGAAGUUUGCAAAAAUGAAACCAAAAAUGUGUGUUGAAGUGCAGUCAUAGCUAGAUAUCUUCUUGAGAACAGAAUUCUUUCUGACCUUUGCUCUUUUAUUCUGGAGGGAGUGGUGGUUAAGUUAUGCUGUGUUCGCGCAUUUUGCAGUUAAUAUAACUAGAAGUUGGGAUGAUAUUUUUCUUCUGACAGAAAAUAGGGAGUCUUGGAUAUGUGACUUUAGACCAGUAUAAAAUUAGGAUUUGGUGUUGCUGUGUCGUAUUAUUUUUGUUAACUUGGAUAAUAAGUCAGAAAUGUUUUUAUUUGUGUUUCUA